CACAAAUAUAUAAUGAAGGCUAAUCACAUAGGUUCGGUCAAUGAGAAUUUCAUGUACAAAUGCUCUUGUCAAUUGGGUAGUAAUGGUCAUACUCCUUAGAGUUGUAUUGUUAUCAUUUUAUGUAAACAUUUUCUUGUUCUUUCUUGUAGAUUGAUCUCCUGAAAUUUAACUCUCAAGAUGAAGUUUUUAUUGGCGAUUGCCUUUUUUAUUUUAAUUUCCUUGUGGGUUGAAGAAGCUUAUUCUAAAGAGAAGUCUUCAAAGAAAGGGAAGGGGAAAAAGAAGCAGUAUCUAUGCCCAUCCCAGCAGUCAGCAGAGGACCUUGCCCGAGUACCUGCCAACUCCACGAGCAAUAUCUUGAAUAGGCUAUUGUUUUGGAUCCAUUCAAGAGACAACAAUGGACUAUAGAGUUAACAUUUUCUUGAGACAGAAAUGGAAUGAUCCCAGGCUGAAGCUCCCUAGUGAUUUUCGGGGCUCGGAUGCACUGACGGUGGAUCCCACAAUGUACAAAUGUCUGUGGAAACCUGACUUAUUUUUUGCAAACGAAAAAAGUGCCAAUUUUCAUGAUGUGACCCAGGAAAAUAUCCUUCUCUUUAUUUUUCGUGAUGGAGAUGUUCUUGUCAGCAUGAGGUUAUCUAUUACUCUUUCAUGCCCUUUGGACUUGACCUUGUUUCCGAUGGAUACCCAACGUUGCAAGAUGCAACUGGAGAGCUUUGGCUACACAACUGAUGACUUACGAUUUAUCUGGCAGUCAGGAGAUCCUGUUCAGUUAGAAAAAAUUGCCUUGCCUCAGUUUGAUAUUAAAAAGGAAGAUAUUGAAUAUGGUAACUGUACAAAAUACUAUAAAGGCACUGGGUACUACACCUGUGUGGAAGUCAUCUUCACCCUGAGGAGGCAGGUCGGUUUUUACAUGAUGGGGGUCUAUGCCCCAACCCUGCUGAUAGUGGUUCUCUCCUGGCUCUCCUUCUGGAUCAACCCAGAUGCAAGUGCUGCCAGAGUGCCCCUGGGUAUCUUCUCGGUACUCAGCUUGGCCUCCGAGUGUACAACACUUGCUGCUGAACUUCCCAAAGUAUCCUACGUGAAGGCUCUUGAUGUAUGGCUCAUUGCUUGUCUUCUUUUUGGGUUUGCUUCACUGGUGGAGUAUGCUGUCGUCCAGGUGAUGUUGAAUAACCCCAAAAGAGUUGAAGCAGAAAAAGCCAGAAUUGCUAAGGCUGAGCAAGCAGAUGGGAAAAGUGGAAAUGCUGCUAAAAAGAAUACUGUGAAUGGUACAGGGACUCCUGUUCACAUUAGCACUUUGCAGGUUGGAGAGACGAGAUGCAAAAAGGUUUGCACUUCCAAGUCUGACCUGAGGUCUAAUGACUUCAGCAUUGUUGGAAGCUUACCAAGAGAUUUUGAAUUAUCCAAUUAUGACUGCUAUGGAAAACCUAUUGAAGUCAACAAUGGGCUUGGGAAAUCUCAGGCAAAGAACAACAAGAAGCCGCCCCCUGCCAAACCUGUUAUUCCAACAGCAGCAAAGCGAAUUGAUCUUUAUGCAAGAGCAUUGUUUCCUUUCUGCUUCUUGUUCUUCAAUGUUAUAUAUUGGUCUAUAUAUUUAUGAUAGAUCUUUUUCAUUUGUGUUAAAUAAAAUGCCAUUUCAUUGUGACCGGCCUCAUUCAUAAAUGCCAAUCUGAAAAUUUUUGCAUUUUCAUAGCAAUAUAUUGCAUUUUGGAUGCCAUUUGAUUGUAAUAAAAAUGUGGCACCUUACUUUUGAAUGGCAGCAUGAUCUUGUUACUUCUGUGCUCUACUAAUGAUGUAUAUAUGUA